CUUUAUCUACCCAAUUUAUCAUGCGCAUGAUAUACAGAUAAAUAAAUGACGUAUUUGGACAUCGUCGUUCAUCCAACUGAAUUAUUGGUACCUACUUACAUGAAGGUUAAACUUCGUAUCAAGGUUACACUACCGACUGGCAUAUAACAUUCAGAUGACAGUCUAGAAACUUGAAAAUUGCGAUAUUUCAUGUAGGUUUCGUCUAUAACGACUCUACCACCACUAAGGAUUUUAAAAGAUUCCACCUACGCAAAGCCUAAGCCUAACCUUAGGUUAGCUAGUCUUUAAUGUGCUGACCUAUAGGGCAUGAGCUAGUGUACAAAUAAAACACAGCGUGUAUACAGUAUGCUGUUUUAUAUACGUGUCGAGUAUAUAAGCACCCUAUUUACCUCAAACUACUGCGCAUCAGCUGCAAAAUAUCUGCGCUGCCCUCGAAUGACAAAAUGCGACAACCCGGGUUAACGCGUUUAGUCGUUACAUAGCUUAAUUUGAUCUCCUACUCCUAAACUAUGCCGUAGUGUGGAAAAUAAUUUUCUCUAUUAAAUUUUUUCUCAUUUAUGAAAAUGCAAAAAACUGUGACAAAUAAAUCCUAUCAAAUAUUUUGACAAAUCGUGUUAAUGCAUAAAGGGUACUAUGUUUUGUCAUAAUGAACUGGGUCCACCAAGAUUUCAACGAUUGCGACAAAACAGCGCAACGUAGUACUUGCUGCAUAAUCUACGCGCAAUGUCCUGAUAAAAUGCGGCAUCCUAUGCAGCGUUGUUGCAGAUUAUUUAUCACAUUUUGGCAGCCAAAAGUAGGCGAUACAAAGACCUGACGAAACUUCAAACACGUUUUUCUCAAUUUCACUAAUUUUGGGUUACCGCGUUUUGUCAUCCGAGGGAAGCGCGUCGUCUGCGAUUUCGCGCGAGAAUUGAAUCAUCAUUCAGUUUAGUUCAAGGUUUAGUCGCUACAAGCUGUGCUCGAUUUAAUCGAUCUCUAAACAUAACAGGAUAAGAGUUUUGGACGUUGAAGAGUUGAAUUCAGAAACAUUUACUAGCACCAUACCACUUGCAGCAGUCCACGAUGUCGGAAGCCGAAGAAGUUCUCAACGAAAUCCUCGCGAAAGUAGCCAAAGAACAAGGCUACGAAGAUUGCCAGAUAUCUUCCAAGCAGAUAUCAAGCGGAGGAGCGAACUACACCAGCUUUAUAUACCAAGCCAGUAUCUCAGCACCGAAUAAUGAGGAGCUCAAGUUAUUCGUCAAAGUAGCAGUAGCGGGAGAAAAAAUGAGGAGCUUUGCGCCUUUCUCUAUCUUCGAAAUAGAGAGUUUUGGAUACAAUGUGUUACUGAAGAGGUAUAAAGAACUGGAGGAAAAGUACAAAGUCCCAGAAGUACAUAGACUGGUAACUCCCAAGUUUUAUGGCCACAGUCAAGAGUAUUUAAGAGAGGCGAUAGUUUUAGAGGAUUUGUCAGCAUCUGGAUACACCGCUUAUGACAGAUUCAAGUCAGUGGAUUGGGAGUAUGCGUCGAAAAGUGUUCAGAAUUUAGCGAAACUCCACGCCUUAUCAAUCGCUUGGUCUAUCGAGGAUCCGGAAGGGUUUAAAGCCACUGACACAAUAUCAAAGGUUGAUUCUUUAGACGGCAUCAUGGCUUACAUGGACACUGUCAUCACAACUGCUUUAGAAGUUACUCGAGAGGAGAAUAAGGAACGCGUUUCCAAGUUCGUCCGGAAAAUAAGGGACGACAAAGAUUAUAUGUUGAUGUUCUACAAACCCAUGAAGCGGCCGGUGAUAGGUCAUGGCGACUAUAGGCCGAGCAAUUUGAUGCACAAGGUUAACGAGGACGGCACCGUCGACAUCAUUUCGAUUGACUACCAAACGCUGCAGCAGGCGAAUCCUAUCCUGGACCUGAUGUACUUCAUCUUCAGUGGUUCGGACAAGAAGUUCCGAGACAAGCAUUUCAAGCAGACCUUGGAGUUGUACUACACGGAACUGUGCGCCGCUCUCCGGAGACUCGACCUCGAUCCUAACGAGAUAUACCCGAGGGAGGACUUCGACUACGAGUUGCAAAAGGUUAUGCCCUACGGGCUGAUGCUGGCCAUGUUCUGCCUGCUGGUGGUGACGGUGGAGGAGGCGGACGCGCCCACCGUCAGCAAGGACAUCGCCCUCACCGACUUCGCGCUCCCCCCUAGCACGCUGUACAAGGAGCGGCUCAACGACAUCGUCGACGAUUUUGUAGCCAUGGGCAUUCUUUGAGAACAAAUACUUUUAAAUAGUAUGAACCCAUAUCAAUACUACAAUAUUAAAAUGCGAAAGUGUGUCUGUCUGCUACCUUUUCACGGCCCAACAGUUUAUC